AACGAACGCGUUGUUAGUUGUAACGACGGACGGGUCCACCGAUCAGAGACGGAGGGAAGCCCAAAUCUCGGACUCUCUCCUCGUGCCGCUUCGAUCCAAACCGAGCAAGCCCCAAACCCUACCGCAUCUAUGGCCGACGGCGGCGGCGGUGGCGGCGCCGGCGAUCCAGGGGCCGGCGCUGGCUCGGCGCCGUUGUGCAGCUUCGUGAGGAAACCACCCAAGAACAUCCGGAAGCGCCCCGCCGCGCCCGCAGGCUCCGACGACGAGGACGACGGCGGCGGCGCCCUCGCGGCCUUGCGGUCGAAGAAGGGUCCGUCCUCCGUGGGCAAGCUCGUCUUCUCCUCCGCCGACGCCUCCUCCGAGCCGCGGCGGUUCCAGUACGAGUCGUCCCGGACGAUCCAGUCCACGGACAGCCGCGCCACCGCCACGCUCGAGACGGAGACGGAGUUCGACCGCGACGCGCGCGCCAUCCGCGAGCGCCAGCUCAAGCAGGCCGAGGAGGCCCUCAAGAAGAACCCCUCCGGGGCCGCCUCCGCCUCCGCCUCCGGGGAGGUCUACAAGGGGAUCCACGGCUACACGGACUACAAGGCCGGGUUCCGCCGGGAGCACACGGUGGCCAGCGAAAAGGCCGGCGGCUCGCACGGCCCGCUCCGGGCCUCCGCGCACAUCCGCCUCUCCGCGCGGUUCGACUACCAGCCCGACAUCUGCAAGGACUACAAGGAGACGGGCUACUGCGGGUACGGUGAUUCCUGCAAAUUCAUGCACGACAGAGGGGAUUACAAGUCCGGUUGGCAGCUCGAGAAGGAGUGGGAGGAGGCCGAAAAGGCCCGCAAGCGGCGCAUUGCGAUGGGAGGUGGGGAUGGGAGUGAUGAUGAGGCAGCGGAUGAGGACGACGACGACGAUGAUGAGGCCCUGCCCUUCGCCUGCUUCAUUUGCAGGCAGCCUUUUGUGGAUCCGGUUGUCACGAAAUGCAAGCACUACUUUUGUGAGCACUGCGCAUUGAAGCACCACUCGAAGAACAAAAAGUGCUUCGUCUGCAACAAGCCGACCAUGGGCAUCUUCAACGCCGCGCAGGAGAUCCGCAAGAAGAUGGCGCAGGACAAGAAGCAGCAGCAGCAGCAGCAGCAGCAUGAUGAGGACUGAUAACUCUAGGCAUCCCAUGCAAACUUAGCUGUUGUACGUUGAUGUAAUAGCUUUGUUCUGAUAUUUUUUUUCCAUCAGAAAAAAUGAGAAGAAAAGGAAAUUUAGAAACCCAGCUUUGAACCUGUAUCAUGCAUCACCACAUUGUCUCUCUAGCUCAGCUUUCAGCUA